GCAGCCAAAACACGUAUAUAUAGCUAAGCUCUGGUAUCUUUCUUUCAUACAUUCUUGAUUCUUCACCGUCUUUCUCUCAUUCAUUCAUUCAUUUCAUAAUCACUGAGCCCUUCAUUGACUUGCUUGAAACUCGAAACCAUGGCCUUCUGUGGCACUUUUGUUAAGCCAACCCAUUCUUUGCUGCCAUGCCGCACAUCUUCAACUCCAGCUACAAACCAUGGUUGCACAAAACAGUUGUGUGUGAGAGCUUCAUCAGCAACAGCAAGUAGCAGCUCAGGUGAUAAGGAAAGGUCUAUCAUAAGAAAAGAGAAAGAUGGUGUAUGGAAGAUCAAUUACUCAGAUGAGAAACCACCAACACCACUUUUGGAUACAAUCAAUCAUCCAAUUCACACUAAGAAUCUCUCCAAACAGGAUCUUGAACAACUUGCAGCAGAGCUAAGGGCAGACAUUGUGUACAGUGUAUCGAAGACCGGCGGCCAUCUCAGCUCAAGCUUGGGGGUUGUGGACUUAUCAGUGGCUCUGCAUCAUGUUUUCAGCACUCCUGAAGACAAGAUCAUAUGGGAUGUUGGCCACCAGGCAUACCCACACAAGAUUCUCACAGGCAGAAGGUCCAGGAUGCAUACCAUUAGGAAGACUUCAGGGCUUGCAGGCUUUCCUAAAAGAGACGAGAGCGCUCAUGAUGCUUUUGGGGCAGGACACAGUUCCACAAGUAUAUCUGCUGGUCUUGGCAUGGCGGUUGGAAGGGAUCUGUUGGGAAAGAACAACAGUGUGAUUUCAGUUAUUGGAGAUGGAGCAAUGACUGCAGGGCAAGCUUAUGAGGCCAUGAACAAUGCUGGGUUUCUUGAUGCUAACCUUAUAGUUAUUCUUAAUGACAACAAGCAAGUUUCUUUACCAACUGCCACAAUGGAUGGCCCUGCAACUCCAGUUGGAGCCCUCAGCAGUGCCUUGAGCAAAAUUCAAGCAAGCGCAGAAUUUCGCAAGCUCAGAGAGGCUGCAAAAAGCAUCACAAAGCAGAUUGGAAGACAAACCCAUGAAGUUGCAGCAAAAGUAGAUGAGUAUGCAAGAGGCAUGAUCAGUGCUUCCGGAUCAACCUUUUUUGAGGAGCUUGGCUUGUACUACAUUGGCCCUGUGGAUGGUCAUAAUAUUGAAGACAUGGUUACAAUUUUUGAAAAAGUCAAAGCCAUGCCGGCUCCGGGUCCAGUUUUGAUUCACAUAGUGACAGAGAAAGGGAAAGGAUACCCAGUUGCUAAUAGUUCUCUAAUCACCCUUUCAGGUGUUGUCAAGUUUGAUCCGAAAACAGGCCACCAGUUCAAGACAAAAGCAUCUACACUAUCAUAUACUCAGUACUUUGCUGAAUCCUUGAUAAAAGAAGCUGAAGUAGACAACAAGAUUGUAGCCAUUCACGCUGCCAUGGGUGGUGGAACCGGCCUAAACUACUUCCAGAAAAAGUUUCCAGACCGAUGCUUCGACGUUGGGAUCGCCGAACAACAUGCUGUUACAUUUGCUGCAGGGCUAGCCACAGAGGGCCUCAAGCCAUUUUGUGCUAUCUAUUCUUCUUUCCUUCAGCGUGGAUACGAUCAGGUGGUUCAUGAUGUAGAUCUUCAGAAGUUACCGGUCCGAUUCGCUAUGGAUAGAGCUGGUUUAGUUGGUGCUGAUGGACCUACUCAUUGUGGAGCAUUUGACAUCACCUACAUGGCUUGCUUGCCUAACAUGGUGGUCAUGGCUCCAUCAGAUGAGGCUGAACUGAUGCACAUGGUUGCAACUGCUGCAGCCAUAGAUGACAGACCAAGCUGCUUUAGGUUCCCAAGGGGGAAUGGAAUUGGAGCCGUUUUGCCUCUCAAUAACAAAGGAACUGCACUUGAGAUUGGAAAGGGUAGAGUUCUGGCAGAAGGUAGCAGAGUUGCAAUCUUGGGAUAUGGUUCUAUAGUCCAGCAGUGCAUGCAAGCUGCAGAGCUGCUCAAAACACUUGGAGUCUAUGUGACAGUUGCUGAUGCUAGGUUCUGCAAGCCUUUGGAUACUGAUCUCAUUAAGGAACUAGCUAAAGAGCAUGAAAUACUCAUCACUGCUGAAGAGGGUUCCAUUGGAGGUUUUGGAUCUCAUGUUGCACAUUACUUGAGCUUAUCUGGCAUCCUUGAUGGACCUCUAAAGUGGAGAGCAAUGACACUACCUGAUAGGUACAUUGAUCAUGGAUCACCUCAGGAUCAGAUUGAACAAGCAGGAAUUUCAUCAAAGCAUAUAGCCGGCACAGUCUUGUCUCUAAUGGGAAAGUCAAAGGAUGCUCUUCUCUUGGUAUAAAAAUAUAAAACAGUACGCAACAUGGAAUUGAAUAAGAAUCUUGACCUGCGACCAGAACCACAAACCUUAGUUAUUCUUUGAAGAUUUCAGUUGUCAGUGUGGUUGAGAUUAAUUAAGUUGUAAAUAGCUGCACUUUGAACACUGAAAAGCCUCUAUCGGGCAUUGUUUUUUUUUCAAUUAGUUUAUGUGUUAAUUAAUAAUUAUGUUACUGUAUGCAAAAGUAGGCUUCGCUCUAUUAAUUAAAUAACAAUCUUUCUUCGUUC